UGUGAGUUCGCUCGACGCACGACUCAGGCAGUUGUCAGUCGCUCGGCGCAAGAGACGCACAUUAGUGUUCGUGUUUUAUAACUUCACAUAGAUAACAAUGUCCCCUGAUCAAAUAUGGCAAAAGAUGGACGAAGAUGGCUUCGUGGUCAUCAAAGACUUCCUGACUCCAUCAGAAUGCGACGAGAUGGUGGCAGCUGGAAUAGAUUUCACUAAGAACUUACCGCCUAAAGAACAAAGGAUUGUCUUCACUUCUGUUGACGCUGAAAAAAGGCAACUACAAGAUGAGUACUUUCUGAAUAGCAACGACACCAUCCACUGUUUCUUUGAGGAUGCUGCAGUCGGGCCUGAUGGAGAACUGACUGUAGAUCCCAGCAUAUCGCUGAACAAAGUCGGUCACGCGUUGCACUACCAGCACCCGACCUUCAGAUGCUACACGUAUUGUGAUCGCGUGAAAGAAGUUGCCAAAGCUCUGGGCUUCAAGGAACCGGCGGUGGUGCAGUCCAUGUAUAUGUACAAGAACCCUGGUAUUGGAGGCGAAGUAAUUCCCCAUCAAGACAUCACCUACCUGCACACUGCUCCUGUAUCACCAAUGGGUUUCUGGAUAGCCCUGGAAGACGCCACAGUAGAAAAUGGAUGUCUCUGGAUGGUCCCGGGUUCUCACAAGUCGGGGGUCCAUAGACGACUAUCAAGGAAUCCAGACAAAGACAGUAAAGAGAAACUGAUAUACGACUGUCCAGCUCCUGACUAUCCCGAAUCUGGUUUUGUUCCAGUUCCAGUCAGCAAAGGUACCUGCAUACUUCUCCACGGUAACGUAGUACACAGGAGUGCGCACAACCACUCCAGCAGUGGGCGGCCCGCGUACACGUUCCACAUCAUAGAGAAGCAGGACAACCAGUACGCCGCGGACAAUUGGCUGCAGGAGGGAACGCGUGCUCCCUUCUCUAACCUCUACACCACCUCGCAGCGCAUAUAGUUGAAGCCAGUUUGCGCCUCAACCGAACCUGCAACCAAGUGCUACCAAAAAUUAAAUAUCGGUUGUUAAUUAAUAGGACUAACACUGAAAUACUUAAACACUGCUGAAUUUUAAGUCGCGCAUGUACCUCUAUAGUUCUGUCUCUACA